AUGCAUCGCACAUAUUCUAUGAGACAGUCGCGGGCUCCUACCGCAUCGCAGCUCCAAAAUCCUCCACCACCAUCUUCAAGCACAAAAUCCGGAAGACUUUUUGGAAAGGGCGGAAUUGGUCAUGCUCUCCGUCGUCAGGCUGCCGGCCAAUUCGGUCCGGAUCUCGCAAAGAAGCUUACCCAGCUUGUAAAGAUGGAGAAGAACGUUAUGCGAAGCAUGGAACUUGUCGGCCGUGAGCGCAUGGAAGUUGCACAACAACUCUCCAUCUGGGGUGAGGCAUGUGAUGAUGACGUCUCGGAUGUUACGGACAAACUUGGUGUCUUGCUCUACGAGAUUGGUGAGCUUGAGGAUCAAUAUGUUGAUCGUUAUGACCAAUACCGUGUUACAAUCAAGAGCAUCCGAAAUAUCGAAGCUUCCGUUCAGCCAAGCAGAGACCGCAAGCAAAAGAUCACCGAUCAAAUCGCCCAACUCAAAUACAAGGAGCCAAACUCCCCAAAGAUUGUCGUUCUUGAGCAGGAACUUGUCCGUGCUGAGGCCGAGUCCCUCGUCGCUGAGGCACAAUUGUCAAACAUCACCCGCGAAAAGCUAAAGGCUGCCUAUACCUACCAAUUCGAUGCUCUCCGUGAGCACUGCGAGAAGCUUGCUAUCAUUGCUGGUUACGGAAAGCACUUGCUCGAGCUUAUUGAUGAUACCCCAGUCACUCCAGGUGAGACUCGUGCUGCAUAUGAUGGAUAUGAGACUUCAAAGGCAAUCAUUCAGGAUUGUGAGGACUCUCUUACCAACUGGGUUACCGCAAACGCUGCCGUCUCAUCCAAGCUCUCUACCCGCUCCCGAAACCUUUCUCAACGUCGUCGCGCACAACGUUCAGGUGAGGGACAUGAUCUAUCUGGUCAGGAUCAACCUCUCAACGAUCGUGAAUCUGGUCUCUGGAUCCCAGCGAGCGCACACAAGGGUGGUGACGAGUACGAUGACGAUGCCUUGAGCGAGGAGGAGGCCGGCGCAUCUUCCAUCAACCAGGACAGCACCAUCAACGGAGAGAACCGUGGUCGUCAAGAGACUCUUGCCGUCUAA